AUGGGGCAGUCCGAAGGAACACAGGCUCCGAGCAGCCCCCUCGCACGGCUCCCGCUGCAGAGGCCCAUCGGGGCUCCCAACGGGAACAACAAUUGUAGGAAGAGGCCUCAGCCCAGGACCCCGGGAGGCCGCGCCGGCUCCGCAGCCCGGGCCGGUCCGUGCGGCCACGGCCGCAACAAAGAGCCCCCGGCCCGGCCCUGCCGCCGUGCCGGGACCGGCGCUGCCCCGGGGGCGGCCCGGCCGCUCCGGGGAUCCCCCCGCGCCGCUCCCCGGCGAUCGCUCCCGGCCCGGCGCUGGGAGAGCUCCGGGACCGCGGCGCUGCCUGCCGGGCGGCGCAGCCCCGGCCGUGCCAUUCCCCGCACGGCUGCCCCGCACCCGCGGCACCCACCCCGGCCCGGCCGGUCCCCCCCGGCAGCCAGCGGGGAGCGGGCCGGGAGCGCGGCGGGCACCGCGCGGGCCGUGCCGCCCGCAGGGCACGGCCGGGCCCCGCUCCGGACAAUGCCCGCGGCCCCCUCCGCCCCGCGGUACCUGCGGCGCGGCGGGCGGGCCCGCCCUGGCGGCUCUGGGCGCUGUGCUCCGGCUGUCGGGCCACCUCCUUCUGUGCUGUCCCUGCAGGCACGGCAGAAAGGACCAGCCCCACCUCACGGCAGCCUCCUCUCAGAUGGUUGUAGGUACCGACGAGGUCCCCCCGAGCCUCCUUUUCUCAAGAUUAAACCAACCCAGCUCCCUGAGGUGUUCCUCAUAAGACAGGUUUUCUAG